CGUCAAUCGAUUGGCAUCGGUUGCUUAUGAUCGCGCUAAGUUUUCUGCGUGUGCUAAGCGAAGAUUUGUGUAUAUAAAACCGUUGCAUAAAUCAACAGCGAUCGCUACAGUAACACUAUGUCAAGCAACAAGAACGUGUCAUUAGCGUCGCAGUCGCAGCCGCAACAUGUGCGCAUCGAAAGCCACAAGCAACAGGUGGAGGCCGAUGCGCCCACGUUGGCGUCGGCGACGACGUCGACGUCGACGUUGUCCAUAAGCGAGAGUAAGGAAUUAACCGGUUUGACGCACGAGUGUGGAGUUUUUGGAGCCAUUGCCUGUGGCGACUGGCCCACACAGAUUGACAUUGCGCACGUGAUUUGUUUGGGUCUGGUGGCCUUGCAGCAUCGGGGCCAGGAGUCAGCGGGCAUUGUGACCAGCGAGGGAAAAUGCUCGAAAAACUUCAAUGUGCACAAGGGCAUGGGUAUGAUCAGUACUCUUUUUAAUGACGACUCGAUGAAGAAGCUGCGAGGCAACUUGGGCAUUGGCCAUACUCGUUACUCCACGGCAGGAGCAUCGGAGGUGGUCAACUGUCAGCCAUUCGUUGUACAUACGGCACAUGGAGCCAUGGCGCUGGCUCACAACGGCGAGCUCGUCAACAAUGAAUCUCUGCGCCGUGAGGUGUUGGGUCGAGGAGUCGGCUUGUCCACACACAGUGACAGUGAGCUGAUUGCCCAAUCGUUGUGCUGCGCACCUGAAGAUGUCUCGGAACACGACGGACCCAACUGGCCAGCACGCAUCAGACACUUCAUGAUGAUGGCGCCAUUAUCCUAUUCACUGGUCAUCAUGCUGAAGGACAAGAUCUACGCUGUUCGCGAUACCUAUGGCAAUCGACCAUUGUGUAUUGGAAAAAUCGUUCCCAUUAACUCUGGUCACACGGGCAACAACACGGAAACACAUGCUGACGGCUGGGUGGUAUCCAGUGAGAGCUGCGGCUUUCUGUCCAUUGGUGCACGCUAUGAGCGCGAGGUGGAGCCUGGCGAGAUCGUGGAGCUUACGCGCAGCGGCUAUCGAACCGUCGACAUUGUGGAGCGUCCCGAAUUUAAGCGCAUGGCUUUCUGCAUCUUUGAAUAUGUCUACUUUGCCCGAGGAGACAGCAUCUUCGAGGGUCAGAUGGUGUAUUCUGUGCGGUUGGAGUGCGGACGCCAACUCUGGCGUGAGGCACCCGUUGAGGCGGAUAUUGUGAGCUCUGUGCCAGAGUCUGGUACUGCGGCAGCUCACGGCUAUGCCCGGGAGUCGAAUCUGGAAUUCGCCGAGGUUCUGUGCCGAAAUCGCUAUGUAGGUCGCACCUUUAUACAGCCCUCAACGCGCCUUCGACAGCUGGGCGUUGCCAAGAAGUUUGGAGCCCUGUCGGAGAAUGUGGCUGGCAAGCGACUGGUUCUAAUCGACGAUUCCAUUGUGCGCGGCAACACUAUUGGACCUAUAAUUAAGCUGCUUCGCGAUGCUGGAGCUCGGGAGGUGCAUAUUCGCAUUGCAAGCCCGCCGCUUCAGUAUGCCUGCUAUAUGGGCAUCAAUAUACCCACACGCGAGGAGCUUAUCGCCAACAAGAUGAACGCCCAGCAGUUGGCUCGUCACGUGGGAGCCGACAGUCUCGCCUACCUAAGUGUCGCCGGUCUGGUGCAAACGGUGCAACGUAAGCAUGUGGCAUCCACCAAGCCAACUGGGCAUUGCACUGCUUGUUUAACGGGUGAAUAUCCUGGCGGGCUGCCCGACGAGCUAAGCUGGUGAACAGCUCUAUUAUAUACUUCCCGAACUAUAUCGAAAACUACAGUAUCACGCCAAUGAGUGCUCGAAAUUACUGUCACAAAUUAUGUACUAUAUCUGCACUUUUGCAUUUAACUACUGUGGGAGCGUGUAUCCAUUUCCAUUUUGAAAGUCUUCUAUAAAGUUACCUAAGUUCAAAUUAUACACUUUACAUUAAGAUUAAGUAGCUCUUCAGUGAAAAGCUCUUUCUUUCCCUAUAAAAAGACAUUUUUUUUGUAUAAAAAAUAGCCUUCAAUAUUGCCACCGAAAUGGUCAAUAAUUCUACAUUGUUAUCAUUUAUUGUUCUGCUUUGUAAUUCAUGAUUGCCAAUAAUAAAUGACAUUUAGCACAA